AUGACAUACUACGCCGGCGUAACCCGCGACAGCGACAGCCUGAAAUUAGUGUUCUCCUCCCCGACUAUCGGCCCUGCUCUCAUUAUUUUAGACGCCAACCUCGCUGUGACGACUCCAUUGAAUGUAUGGAUUCAGACUGGUGUCCGCGCCAUCGAUCACUGUGUCGAAUCGUUCUGCAAUCUGAAGCGUGUCGCUGGAUUCGAUGAGGCUUGUGUCAAGGGAUUGCAACGUCUCAUCCCUGCUCUCUUGCUCUGCAAAGCCGAUCCGUCAAAUGCUAAAAACGCGACAAGAUUGUCAACUCGGCAUCCCGGACGCCAUGAUGCCUUUACACAAAGGCGUCGUCCACGGUGCCAGUCACGAAGUGGGCACCGGCUCGGACCUCUGGGUGUUGGACACGGAAUAACGAGUUGUAUCCUGCUACCGGCUGUGUGUAAAUGGAACGCUAAGCAGAAGGCUAACGUCGAAAGGCAGAAGUUGAUGGAGAAGAUAUUGUGGGACAUCGAUGCUGCGAGAGAGUUUUUUGAGGCAAGGGGACUCAAGAAGGGAGAGGCAGACUUGGAAGACCUGAUAGAUGCGAUUGUGAGGGAGAAGUUUGAGGAUCUGGCGGUCAAUGCCCUGGAGGAUAAUUGCACGCAGGCUAAUCCGGCAAGAAUCUACAAGCAAGAGCAGGUGCUGGAGAUUCUGGAGAUGUGUGCUUGA